AUGGCAUGGAGAGUUUCACUCUCAGAGAUUAUAGCUAGAUUUGAACGUAAAGGCUUCAAACUUGUAGCUAUUAAACUUGUGGUACCUUCAAAGGCGUUUGUUGGGAAGCAUUAUCAUGAUCUUAAGGAUCGUCCAUUCUUCAAUGGCUUGUGCAACUUCCUCAGCUCGAGGCCUGUUCUUGAAAUGGUUUGGGAAGGAGAAGGUGUGAUUAGAUAUGGAAGGAAGCUUAUUGGAGCCACGGAUCCAUCCAAAUCAGAGCCUGGAACCAUCAUAGGUGAUUUGGCCAUUGUUGUUGGAAGGAUAGGAUGA